AUGGCUGCUGAUCCGGAGGUUGCUACUACAAACUCAUCAUUGCUGCUGGUGCGCUCUUCUUCUUCUUCUUUGGUGAAAGGUUCUUCUCAAGGAAUUGAUCACAUCUCAGUGAAUAUGCCGCCACCUUCUUCAAAAGGAAUCGAUCAUGUCUCAGUGGAUAUGCCGCUGCCUUCUUCAGAAUCAGUUUCAAAAUAUUUUGAUGAUGAUGGAAGGCUGAAGAGAACUGGGACGUUUUGGACUAAUAGUGCUAAUACCCGCAGUAAUUGGUUCGGGAGUUUUGUCAUUGGCUUGGGCCAUAGAGCAGCUGGGUUGGAUCGUUAG